UUUGUUUCAUAGUAAAGUCCUUCCCAGUGAAGAGAACUGCCCAACUGGUGUGAGGAGCAACCGGGACCACAGAGGUGGUGUAGAGAUGGCCCUCAUCUGUAACCAGCUUUCCAUCGUGAACCCAGUCAUCCCCUUCUCUAAGGCCACACCAGGGGGCCUCCAGUAUGGACAUCAGAUCAUUGUCAAAGGGAUGUUUCUUCCGUCCUGUGGAAGCAGCUUUCAGGUGAACUUUCAGACGGGCUUCAGUGACAAUGACAUUGCCUUCCACUUCAACCCUCGGUUUGAAGAAGGCGGGUAUGUGGCCUGUAACACCAGGCAGAAAGGACGCUGGGGGUCGGAGGAGAGGAUGAUGAUCAAUCCCUUCCAGAUGGGAAUUCCUUUUGAGAUCAGCUUCCUGGUGGAGAACUCUGGAUUCCAGGUGAUGGUGAAUGGAAACUUCUUUAUGAACUACGUACACCGCGUGCCCUUCCACCGCGUGGACACCAUCUCCUUCACUGGUGGUUUGGAGGUGACACAGAUCCGCAUUGAGGUUAGAUUGUCCAUCUGGCACUUGUCCCACCGUCUUGGUGCAGGAGCAAGUCUAGCUAUGCCUAGGCCUGUUGGGUGGGUCCAAAUGUUCCAGCCAAUCUCUCACUCAGGUGACUCUAGGGACACACCUUUGCUCCCCCAUCCCGCUCUUCUUGUGUCACUGUCUCUGUCUAGAGCACCUGCCUCAGCCUGACUCCCUCCCCUCUUG